CAACCCAAAUAUAAUCAAACCCAUUCAUCUUCUUCAACUAUUCCCCACCACUCCCCCGUCGUUGUUUCCAUAAAAAUCUGCUCCACCACCGCCACUAACAACGCCCCUAAACCACCACAAUUGCAAAAUCUCACUACCCCAUCAACCACUUCAAUCUCUAAUCUCUCCCAUUCCUUCAACAACAUGGCUUUUGGGAUUGUUUCCAUGACCAUCCUUCCUCUAACUUCCACUUCAAGUUACAGUUCCCGCUUAUCCUACCGUCGGAGUCGUCCUUUACUACUUAAUGUCUCCUGUGGGAAUUCUGUUGUUCACUGCUCAAAUUUCACUCGAGAUUUGUCUCUAGCUACCGAGAAGCUUGGAAAUGGUGAUGCUAUGACUGGAGGAGCGUUUGAUUUUAGAAAAGCCACAACGUCGCUAACUGAAAGGUCAAUCUCUACGUCAAAGAAGGUUACUCUUGUAAGGCAUGGACUUAGCACUUGGAAUGAAGAAAGUAAAGUACAGGGAAGCUCGGACUUAUCUGUCUUAACACAAACAGGGGUGCAGCAAGCAGAAAAAUGCAGAAGAGCCUUGGCAAACAUAAAUUUUGAUAGAUGUUUCGCAAGUCCAAUAUCACGCGCCAAGUCAACUGCUGAAGUUCUAUGGCAAGGAAGAGAAGAAGAACUGGUUUUUCUUGAUUCUCUGAAGGAAGCCCAUCUGUUUUUCCUCGAAGGAAUGAAAAAUGUGGAUGCUAAGAAGAUUUAUCCAAAGGAGUACACAACAUGGCGAGAAGAUCCUGCUGAAUUUUGCGUAAAUGGCGUCUACCCUCUUCGAAAAAUUUGGGGAACAGCAAGAGAGGCUUGGAAGGAAAUCUUAUUAUCACCUGGGGAGAAUUUUGUGGUGGUCACUCACAAGUCUAUAUUGCGAGCACUCAUCUGCACAGCGUUGGGGCUUGGCCCUGAGAGGUUCCGAUCAAUCGAGAUAAACAACGGGGGAAUAUCGGUGUUUAAGUUCAAUGAAAGAGGAGAAGCAAUGCUUCAAUCUUUGAAUAUGACAGCACAUAUGUACAGUGAUCAUACCUAUUUAUACUGAAACUAAGAUAAGUAUGUAGAAUUAGAAAUGAGAGUUAUAAAAGAUGAUUAUUAUAUACAUGAAAAUGAAAUAAAUGGGAUGGGGAUUCAAUUAAUAAAAAUGAGAGUUGUACUGCCCCACUUUGUUCAAACGUUACAUGAAUACACUUAAAUAAAUUAUUUGUUGAGUUUUUAUUCAUAUAA